AUGGAGCGUCUCUGCGCGGAUGUGGCUCGCGUCAAAUCUUUAGGUACCACUAAAAAGGAUGGACGCGGCAAGCGGUGGGUAUCCAACCGACCAUACCCAAAGAAUGCUUCAACUAGUAGAGUCCGCGUUUCCAUGCGCAAUGAGGAUUCGCUUAAUGGGUGGCCCGAGGACGCAAGGCUAAGAUUCUCCGAAGUGCGAGGACUAAACACAAUAAGUGAUAAAUAUAGACUAAAUAAAACGAGUUGA